GAUGGACAGGUUGAGCUCGGGUUGAUGUAGGACGGAAAGCUGACGCUUGAGACAACGAUUUUUCUAGGCGUCGGGACCGAGGCCGCAAACGUCGCCGCCGGAGUUGAAAAAAACCCAAAUAUUUACCGACCGAGCCCUUUAGAACACGCUUUGGUCUUCUCUUCUUCUCCCUCGCGAAGGGUUCCGUUGGAGAUCAUGAAUGCGUCUAUCUCCCCGUCGGCGUGGCAGAUCCCGGUCGACUUCAUGAUUACCAAGGCCCCUCUCGGCCUCACCGGAGCCGGCGACCUGACGGUGUACGAUGCAAACGGGAAUCUUGUAUUCCGAAUCAAACGAUGUUCCCGCCCCUCUCCCCACCGGAUCAAAACCCUCUUCGACGCGAUGGGCAAUCCCUUGAUCACCGUCGUCCACCACAACGAUGGCUGGCAAGCCUUCAGAGGGAACAACUAUGAAUGGAAGGAUUUGAUUUUUACAGUGGAAAAGACAUUGUAUUCUCCAUUUAAAACUGAGCUAGAAGUAGUCUUGCUGGGCAGAAAUCAAGGAGAUCUAAAACCAAGUUUUAGACUAAAAGGCAACCCAUUUCGGAGAUCAUGCACCAUAUUCACGGGAGAUUCCAUUUUUGCUCAGACAAGCCUUUGUUACAAGCUUCAGAAGGUCAUCUAUUCACGGCGCAAGUUUCGACUCACUGUUUAUCCGAGAAACGAUCCUGUUCUGGUCAUGGCUAUGCUUGUAGCUUUUUUCUGGAGGUAGUUGACAGAGAGAAUGGCCACAAGUUUGAUGCAGUUGUACAAUAAACAUCUCUGAUCACUGCCUAUGUAGCAUCCAGCAUCGGGUGAAUAGUAAUGUACCAAUUCUUCUCGUGAAACUAAAGUUUACCAUUGAUUUAUACUGCAAUAACAAGGCUGUAAAAUCCUCAUGGAUUACAUGUAUAUAUUGAAAAUAUUUCAGUUGUCACAUGCUCUAAAGCAUCUUGUUUCAGAUUUUGGCCCUCUUAUUCAAUCCAGAGCAAGUGGGCCUUCGCUAACUUGCAGAAAUUUGAUCUGAAACAUAUACAAAUGUGUAGAUUUAUCACUGCAGUACUGAAUUCCUUCAUACAUUGGUGAUGGAUGAAAAUGAGUAUUUGUGUAUAAAACAUUCAGUUCACCGGGCAUGGUCGCUAGAACGAGCUGAUGCAUAAACCACAAGCCAGCACUGCGAAUCUAAGUUUAUACAAUGAUGUAAAACGUACACAGAAGCAACCUUCUAGCAAGAAGACAUCUAUCACUGCCUUUAAAGCAAUUAAUUGAUUGCUCUACAGGACCUGAUGGACCCCGGAUCCCACAAAGUGCCUCAUGACAGCUAGGGAAUGUCAUUUUGGUUAAACCUGGGUGUCUUUAUUUCUACAUCUCUCCAGAACUAUUCUGUAUACUUUGGCAGGUUUGAGGUCAGAGGUCGGGAGAAGGCGUCAAUACCGAUAGUAGUGUUGUUGCUGUUCGGGAGCUUGUGUUUUUGGCAUGUACCUAUAAACCUGUUUGAUGUAUUACACGUGUCCUUUGAUGGCAACAUUUCAUUGGACAAUUCUAGUCACUGUAUCUGAGAUCUAUUUUGUUA